UCGCUCAGUGACACUCAGUUUCCCGCGCCGGGUCUCAGGAGGCAGUCAGUGGCUCACCAGCGACUCCCAGCCACGAGCCCUUUGGUCACGCGUGCUUGUCCCAGCGGCGCUUCUUCCUGCCUCAGCUGACACAGAUAACCGAGACCAAGACCGAGACCACCUCAUAUGCAGACGCCAAACGAACAUACGCACGCACCACAAACCUUUGUCGGAAAAAUGACAUAAAAGCAAAACACGUGUGGAAACUUCAAUGCUACUUCAACAAGACGGAAAACAGCCAGAAAAAUAAGAAAUGAAUAAAGAAAGAGAUACAUAGAGAUACAUAGUUAUUUACAGAGGCUUCUAACAAGGAGUGAAAGCCGUUUUUAGGCGAGUCACAGCGCCGAAGAAGCAUUAUUAUUAACAGUGAAGUGAAGUGCAGUGAAGUGAAGUGAAGAGAAGUAAAGUGUCCGCGGCGCCGCAAUGUGUGUCAAGGUUGCAUUUCUGAGGCCCGUCGUGCACCUGUAUGGGUAAAUGUUGCUCCAAACCGCAAGUGCAUCACGAAGUCGAAGCGGAAACCCAAGAGGUACUUUUGGAAAUCGACCCAGGUGGCGGCCCUUUCAAAAUGACGGGCGGAACACUACUGGCGAGCUCUCCGGGGCGCUGGGGCGUCCCGGCGAGGGGCACUCACGCCUCCAGGAAGGCAGCGCUCAUCACCACCAGCCCAGGGAUAUGCGGGAACAGGAAGCCUGUCAUCGCUAGGAACCUCGGGGUGCGCCAACAGGCCACUACAGGAGGGAUGGUGGCAAAGACGUUUCAGUUCAGCAGCGACGGCGGCAGCGGGGUGGAGGUGCAGGGUGUGAAGGGCGCCCGCUUCAUCACCACCUGCCAGGCCUUCGUCAGCGGCACCACCCAGCGCGCCAACGUCAACUAUGAGACCAACAGACGCUCCUCCCUCACCGUCACCUCCACGCCCAAAGGCAAAAGGAUGGCCAAGACCAAGACCGAGACCACUGUUCGCACCUACACCAAGGAUGGAAAGAAGUACGAGGAGACGAUGGUGGUGGAGACGAGGGAGGAGGACGACGGCAGCGUGACCACCACCACCCGCACCACCACCAAGACCCUCGACGGGGGCGCCUUCAGCACCAAGGGUCUGGCGUCCGCCCUUGAGGGCGCCAGGACGAGUCGGGGCGGUCGUAAGUCGUCCUCCAGCAGCAGCGACUCUUCCCCCACACGCGUCAAGCCCCAGAGGCCCAAGGACAAGGCCGAGACCAAGCCAGGCAAGGGCGGCUUCCUGAACAAGCUGAAGAGCGCUAAGUCCUCCGACGACUCGAGCGACGACGAGGAGGACUUCGCCAAGAGCGUCCACAAGAGCGUCAACGAGUACCGCGUCAACCACGGCGUGGCCAAGCUGAAGCUGAGCAAGGAGGUGUUCGCCAUAGUGAUGCUGAACAAGUACGCUAAGAUAUGGGCCAAGAAGCUGGCGGCCGACGAGAGGAUGUCCCACAACCCUGACCCCAAGUACGGUGAGAACGUCUUCUGCCUCAGCUCUAACUCCACCAACUUCAACGUGGACCCCAAGGAGGUGGUAGACAAGUGGUACUCCGAGAUCAAGGACCACAAAUUCGGCCAGGAGCCCAAGGGGACGACGCUCAAGAGCGGUCACUUCUCGCAGUUGGUGUGGAAGGACACCAAGCAGAUGGGGGUCGCCAAGGCCAGGAGCGCCGCGGGCACCAAGGUCUUCGUGGUGGCUAACUUUGACCCUCAGGGCAACUGGAUGGGCCAGUUUGCCGACCAGGUCCCUCCUGUCGGUGGGUUCCCAAAGUCGGCAACCUCGGGGAAAACAUCAAUCUUCAACAGGGCUCGCAAGUCUUCUUCCUCUAGUGAGUCCUCCUCUGACGAGGAAGACUUUGCCGAGGACUGCCUUAAGGCCCACAACACUUUCCGCGCCAAGCACGGAGUCCAGCCCCUCAAGAUGAGCAAGAAACUGAACAAAGUGGCUGAGGAGUGGGCGAAGAACCUUGCCAAGAGAGACAUGAUGCAGCACCGCCAGAACAACGAGUACGGCGAGAACCUGUACUGCGCCUACUCGUCCGACCCCAAAUUCAAGGUGAAGGGCGACGUGGCGGUCAAGUCGUGGUAUGAGGAGAUGAAGGACUUUACGUUCGGCAAGGAACCCUCAGACCUCAGAGCUGGUCAUUUCACACAGGUGGUGUGGGCUGACACCAAGGAGAUGGGCGUGGCCUACAGCAAAGCCAAGUCCGGCAAGAUCUACGUGGUGGCCAACUACAGCCCCGCCGGGAACUUCGUGGGCAGCUUCGCCAAGAAGGUGCCGCGGGCGAAGUAGACGGACAACACACUGAUGACAAGGCCCAUAUUUUUAAACGUAUCGGUACCUCAGUUUGCCUGUUUCAAAAGCCUCUCAUCUAAGUUGCUUGGGUUUUCAUGGACUGUUUUGUGGUGCUAGAGAUAGUUUUACCCGACUUCAGUAUCUUGAACGGGAAACUCACCCAUGAAGACCAGGUUAAUCUUCUUUGUGACCUCGGGAAAUAGUCGUGAUGGGAGCCUACGUUUAAGAAUAUGGACCUUGCCAAGUCCCAAGCGCACCCUACACGCGCAUCUCAACUAGUGCAUCAUUCGUCAGUCAUUCUCCGAGUAGCGUUCAUGAACUAAUGGUAUUGAUGCUUUUCGAUUCCAUUCCUCAUUCAUUUCUUUCUGUCUGUACCUACUUGAAGCGAUAUAAGACAAUGUUCAUGUGAUUCUGAUUAAUUGGCAUGCUAGUGAUGAUCAGUUUUACCAGCCAGCAAAAACCGUCCGUAUCAUUUGAACUUCUCGUGAACUUUUUUUUCUUAUUCUAUCCAUGGUACCUGUUUAUAUUUCUCUCUGUCUUGUGUGCUCUCAGAUGAAACAAAUUAUAUUGACAUUCAAAUUCCCGUUAAUACUAAGCUACGGAAAUCAUUAUCAAUAUUAUAAAGUCGAACAUUGUAUUGUAUUUUUAUGUAUUAUGUGUAUAUAUGUAUGUAUAUUCCCAUUCAUCAUUAUUAUUAUUAUUAUUACACGUCCUUCACGAUAUUUGGACACCUGAUUAAGUUUUUAAGUCAGUAGGCCGAGGAAAAUAGAACUCCUUUCGGAACCCUAUUUUCCUAUGCCUCAACCAUUCCUGCAUGACGUUCCAUAUCUGAAUUAUAUAUAUAUUCCUUAUCUGUUCUUAAGUACUAUUUAUUCCACAUACUCUAAGGUUACUGAAAAGGGCUUUACAUGGCAUUAAGAAACAUUCUGUGAUUAAAUAUUAAAUAUGGCCUGUGAUUGUAUACCAGUAAAUAUCAAAGGCGUC